AUGGGCAUGAUGCGGUGCCACAAGGGGGUAUCCCUUUCUAUCCUAGCCUCCUUGUCCUUCCUUUCCUCACCUUUUCCCCUCUCCACUGCUUCUUUCCGCUCCUCCUUUUGUCCUUUCCCUUCCUUCUCUCUCCCCUCAUUUUCUUUCCUCUCCUUUUCUUUUCUCGCAUUCCCUCUCCCUUCCUCUCCUCUCUCCUUCCCUCUCGUCUCCUGUUCACUCCUCUCUUUUACCACCCUUUCUUCCCCCUUCCUCUCCUUAUCUCCCAUGUCGUUCUCUCUCCUCUCCUUCUCUUCCCUUUCCCUCUCCCUCCUCUCCUUCUCGUCCCUUUCCCUCUCCCUCCUCUCCUUCUCUUUCCCUUUCCUCUCCCUCCUCUCCUUCUCCCUCUCCCCCCUUUCCCUCUCCCUCCUCUCCUUCUCUUUCUUCUCUUUCUCCCUUUCCCUCUCUCUCCUCUCCUUCUCUCUCCCGUUCCCUCUCCCUCCUCUCCGUCUCUCCCCUCUCCUUGUCCCUCCUCUCUUUCUCUCCUCCUCUCCUUCUCUCCCCUUUCACUCUCCCUCCUCUCCUUCUCUGCCCUCUCUUGCACGUGACGAUGCUUCUCCUCCUCCUCCACCUUCCUCCUCUUUCUCUCCUCGUUUGUUCCAUGAUCAGUGCCCCUUCUUUCCCUCUUCUGCUCAUGCUCCUUCCCACCCUCUCGUCCUCUCUUCUCCCCCUGCUCCUUCGCCCUUCUCUCCCCCCCCUCCUCUCCACCUUUCUCUUUUUUCAACCCAAUUUUACUUCCCCCCUCCUGUUUCUCUCCCUCUCUCCUGCCUUUUUGACAUUUUCAUCUUCCCUCUUUUCCUCUUUCCUCCCAUCCUUCCUCUCCUCCUUCCUAACUUCCCCCUUCUUCUCUUUCUUAUCAUCCUUCUUUUCCUCUUUCCUCCCAUCCGUCUUUUCCUCCCUCCUCUCUUCUUUCCUUCCACCCUUCUUACCCUCUUCCAUCUCGUCCCUCUUAUCAUCCUUCUUCUCAUCCGUCUUUUCGCUCAUUUUAUAUUUUUGCAAAAUACCUUCCCUUUCCUCUUCCCUCUUACCUUCCCUUCCACUUUUAGUAUGCUUAAUAACCACAUCCCUUCUCGUUUCCUCCUCCCCUUCUCCGUUCCUCCUCCCCCCUUUUCCUUUCCUCCUCCCUUCUCCGUUCCUCUGCCCUUCUCCUUUCCUCUUCCUUUCUCUUUCCCUCCUCCUUCCUCUCCUCGUCCUCCCUACUCCUUUUCUUAUCCUCCUCUUUCAUUCCCUUAUCCUCCUCCCUCCGUAUCCCCUUUUCAGCCCUUCUCCCAUCCUCCUCCCUUCUCCUAUGCUCUUCCCGUCUUCUAUCCUCUUCCCUUCUCCCAUCCUCUUCCCCUUCUCUUAUCCUCCUCCUUUCUCCUAUCACCCCUUCCACUUUCCUCUUUCUUUUCAUCCCUCCUCUCAACCCUCCUCUCCUCACUCCUCUCCUCCACCCGAUGGCCCAAACUCACACCACCACCUUUAACCUCCCCCUUCCCACUCUUCUCUAUCUCAGCAUUUCGCCUCUCCUGUUCCUCCCCUUUCUUUGCAUCUCUCCCCUCCGCACGCUUCUCCUCCUCCUUCCUUCGCUUCUUCUCCCUCCCUUCCUCUCCCUCCUCCUCCUCUUCCCCUUUUCUCCUCCCUCCCUUGCCCUUAGCACUCCAAGCCCCACCUCUUUCUCCUCCUCUUCCCUUCACAUCGUCUCUUCCUCCUCCUUGCCUUGCAGUGUCGUCCCCUCCACCCUUACCAACCCUUGCUUCUCUUGCUUGCCCUUCUGCAUUGUGGCGGCUGUGGGUGUUCCUUCCUCCUCCUUCCCUUCCUCCUUCCCUUCCUCCUUCCCUUCCUGCUUCCCUUCCUCCUUCCCUUCCUCCUUCCCUUCCUCCUUCCCUUCCUGCUUCUUUUCCUCCUUCCAUUCCUGCUUCCCUUCCUCCUUCCGUUCCUGCUUCCCUUCCUGCUUCCCUUCCUUCUUCCCAUCCUCCUUCCCUUCCUCCUUCCCUUCCUCCUUCCCUUCCUCCUCUUCCUCCUUCCCUUCCUCCUUCCCUUCCUGCUUCCCUUGCUUCCCUUCCUGCUUCCCUUCCUGCUUCCCUUCCUGCUUCCCUUCCUCCUUCCCUUCCUCCUCCUCCCUUCCUCCUUCCCUUCCUCCUUUCCUUCCUCCUUCCCUUCCUGCUUCCCUUCCUGCUUCACUUCCUGCUUCUCUUCCUGCUUGCCUUCCUGCUUCCCUUCCUGCUUCCCUUACUGCUACCCUUCCUGCUUCCCUUCCUGCUUCCCUUCCGCUUUCCCUUCCGCCUUCCCUUCCUCCUUCCCUUCCUCCUAUUACUCUCCCUCUCCUUCCCUUCCUUCCCGUCCUCCCCUUCCAACCCCUGCGCUGCUUGCAGCGUUGCCUCCUGCUCUCUCCAAUCUCUCCACGUGUACAGAACUCCCACCCCUCGUUAUUGUCACAUAAACAUCCCUCCUCUCUGCUGCAUUUCCUACAUUUCGUUCACGUGCCUCCCUACCGAUAUCUCUACCUCCCCCAACACUACUGCUGCCCCUCGUUCUAGUCAGGUGCACCAACUCCCUCACCCUCUCUACUGA